GUGCCGAGCAGUGUUGAAGCGCAAUUACGAUGUUUCGAUCGCCAAUAUUGAGGGCCUUGGAGAAAGGGCCGACCUAUAUCGAUACGAAUGUAUACAAGGCAAAACGACUUUGGCCUCCGGAUUUCUCGAAGCUCAGUACUAAGCAUCAAUUCCGUCUAGAACGACGAUACCGACGAAGGAGCAAGCUGAAGUGGGCCAGGCCAAAGUGGACAAAGGCUGUGAAGAUUGCACAAUUAGGAAGCAUAGUUUUUGUUACUGUCUACGGUGUAUUAUUCGCCGAUUGGAAGCAAGAAAAUGAGCCAUUCCAAGCGCUGCGAAACAAAUUCCGCGAGAUGACGGGCUCAAUAUGGACGACGAACCCGGAAAGAGGGCAGCGACGGGAAGGAGCAGAGGGAGCUGGUUCGAAAACAAAUGUACAAUAGUCGGGGAUGAGACCUUGUGGAAAUAUUGCAUAGAGGGCCGGGAGUUAUAUUGAUCUGGGGCGUUGGCUUUUUGUAUUAUUAAUGGAGCCUGAUUCCUGUAUGAGAUAGAUAGACUCUACUCUGGAGCCGGUGGGGAGAUAGUUAUACGAUAUUGUUCGUCCAUCCUGG